AAUCCAACUUCCUCAAGAGCACCAUUUCACUCUUCGUCACUCCGAAGUCCGAUCUCCAAUUUUUCUCUCUCACAUCCGUCGCAGAAAUGCUCAGAAUUUGGUAUUAGGUUUUCCAUCCCUUACAGUUUUCAUUCGACUUUUACUUUUACUUGCGGAAGGAAGCUAAUGAGCUUCAAAAAAUCUGGGCAACUCGAUUGAGGUUAUUUCUGCUGCAGUAAAACCACAACUUGGUCCUUGAAUAUCUAUUUAUUGUGUCACCAAAGAUGAUCAGCAGAAAUGCUUUUCUGCUACUGUCUAUUCUUCUUCUAGUAUCAUCUGUCUCAUCCUGGAAAAAAGAAGAGUUCCGAACCUGCGACCAGACUCCUUUCUGCAAAAGAGCUCGAGCUAGAACACCCGGAUCAUGUUCUUUAGUAGCCACAGAUGUGGUCAUUAACGAUGGAGAUCUUACAGCCAAACUUAUUCCCAAGUUCAAUGGCAGCAAAGGAGAAGAGGACGAGCAAGAAAAGGGAGAAGAACCCAGUAAGCCAUUACUCCUUAGAUUAUCAGCUUAUCAGAAUGGAAUUGUGAGACUCAAGAUUGAUGAGGACCCGAGCUUAGAUCCCCCCAAAAAGAGAUUUGAGGUCCCUGACGUGGUUGUUCCCGAGUUCGACGAUAAGAAACUUUGGCUACAAAGGGUUUCAACUGAAGUAAUCAAUGGUGAUGCAUCUCAAUCUUCAAUUGUUUAUGUCUCUGAUGACCAUGAAGCAGUUCUUAGACACGACCCAUUUGAGGUUUACAUUCGUAAGAAAGGAGGUGAUUGUGUUCUAUCGAUCAAUUCACAUGGGCUAUUUGAUUUUGAACAGUUGAGAAACAAGAAAGAAGGGGACAAUUGGGAGGAAAAUUUCAGGAGUCACACAGAUUCCAGGCCGUACGGUCCACAGUCAAUCAGUUUUGAUGUAUCAUUUUAUGGAGCUGAUUUUGUUUAUGGAAUCCCUGAGCAUGCUACAUCUCUUACUUUGAAGCCCACUAGGGGACCUGAAAUUGAGUUCUCGGAGCCGUAUCGUCUAUUUAACCUAGAUGUGUUUGAGUACCUUCAUGAAUCUCCAUUUGGAAUUUAUGGGUCUAUUCCUUUCAUGCUUUCCCAUGGUAAAGUUCAUGGUACGUCAGGAUUUUUCUGGUUGAAUGCUGCUGAGAUGCAGAUUGAUGUUCUUGGUUCUGGUUGGGAUGCCGAAUCUGGGCUUUCUCUUCCUUCUUCCCAUGGAAGAAUUGAUACUCUUUGGAUGAGCGAGGCUGGAGUUGUUGAUGCAUUCUUUUUUGUCGGUCCUGAACCUAAAGAUGUUGUGAAGCAAUAUGCAAGUGUAACUGGAACAUCUGCUAUGCCCCAGCACUUUGCAACAGCUUACCACCAAUGCAGAUGGAAUUAUAGAGAUGAGGAGGAUGUUGCAAAUGUUGAUUCCAAAUUCGAUGAGUUUGAUAUUCCCUAUGAUGUACUAUGGCUAGAUAUUGAGCAUACUGAUGGGAAAAGGUAUUUUACUUGGGACAGGGUUCUCUUCCCCAAUCCUGAAGAAAUGCAGAACAAAUUGGCUGACAAGGGUAGGCGUAUGGUUACAAUCGUCGAUCCUCAUAUAAAGAGGGAUGAGUCGUUUCAUAUACACAAAGAGGCAACCAAGGGUGGGUACUAUGUGAAGGAUGCUUCAGGAAAAGACUAUGAUGGAUGGUGUUGGCCUGGUUCAUCAUCAUACCUAGAUAUGUUGAACCCAGAGAUCAGAACCUGGUGGGCUGAGAAGUUCUCAUUGCAGAAUUAUGUUGGCUCAACUCCUUCCUUGUAUAUAUGGAACGAUAUGAAUGAGCCAUCUGUCUUCAAUGGUCCUGAGGUGACAAUGCCAAGGGAUCUUAUACAUUAUGGGGGUGUGGAGCACCGAGAGGUACACAAUGCAUAUGGUUACUACUUUCACAUGGCUACAGCUGAUGGUCUUUUUAAGAGAGGUGGCGGAAAUGACAGGCCUUUUGUUUUGUCAAGAGCAAUCUUUCCUGGAACUCAAAGGUUUGGAGCUGUUUGGACUGGAGAUAACUCAGCAGAUUGGGAUCACCUCAGAGUCUCAGUUCCAAUGAUUUUGACUCUUGGUCUCACUGGAAUUUCAUUCUCUGGUGCGGAUGUUGGUGGAUUUUUCGGCAACCCGGACACUGAAUUGUUGGUUCGUUGGUACCAACUGGGAGCCUACUAUCCUUUCUUUAGAGGUCAUGCUCAUCAUGACACCAAAAGGAGGGAACCAUGGUUAUUCGGGGAGAAGAACACUGAACUAAUGAGGGAUGCGAUACACACACGUUAUAUGUUUCUUCCAUAUUUCUAUACAUUGUUCAGGGAAGCCAAUACAACAGGUGUUCCAGUCGUGCGUCCACUGUGGAUGGAGUUUCCUUCAGAUGAAACCACUUUUAGCAAUGACGAGGCUUUCAUGGUUGGAAACUCUCUUCUUGUUCAAGGAAUCUACACUGAGCGUGCCAAACAAGUGUCAGUAUAUUUGCCUCAUGGCCAGUCUUGGUAUGACCUAAAGACAGGAGUUGCAUAUGCUGGAGGUGUGACCCAGAAGUUACAGGUCUCAGAAGAUAGUAUUCCUGCAUUUCAAAAGGCAGGAACUAUUAUCCCACGGAAAGACAGAUAUCGCCGGAGUUCUACUCAGAUGGUUAACGAUCCAUUUACUCUGGUGAUAGCGUUGAACGCGUCUCAAGCGGCCGAAGGUGAACUCUAUGUUGACGAUGGCAAGAGCUUUGAAUUUGGAAAAGGAGCAUACAUCCAUCGUCGUUUUGUAUAUUCAGAUGGAAAACUCACGUCUUCAAAUAUCGCAAACCCUGUAUCAGGCAGCAAAGUUUAUUCCUCAGACUGUGUAAUCGAGAGGAUUAUUCUACUAGGGCUCUCUGGAGCAAAAAACGCACUGAUAGAGCCUGCAAAUGUGAAAGCUGACAUUGAGUCUGGACCCAUUAUGCUUCAAGGAGGGAGGGGUGGUCCGACUGCUUUAACUGUCCGAAAACCAAAUGUCCGCAUUUCUGAUGAUUGGACAAUAAAGAUUUUGUAAUCUCAUCAAUGAUGAUAGUAGAAAUUAGAAAGAAUAGAUAAUGUAAUCUCAUCAGUGAGUUCUGAAUAACAUGUUAGCACACUUAUUUGCCAAAGGCUAAAACCUCAAUGCUUAUGAUUCUUGUUUGGGGCGGAUUUCUGAAGACCAAAAAGGAUUAGAAUUUGAGUUGUUUA